AUGGAAGGAGAAACUGAUCAUGAAGAAGAAACGGCAGCUGAUGAUUUUCCUUCAAAAAUGGUUCUGCAAAUAUUGGAUCUCGAAAGGGAAAAGGAUCUACAGAAGUUGGAUCCUCGAAAUCUGGGUAUUCUAAUCCUGAAACUUCAAAUGCCAGAUAUACCGAGGAUUACUAGUUACAACUAA